AUGGUCAAUAAGGAAUUCCUCUUAGGAGAGACAGAAAGAAAAAGAUUUAUAAAAGACUACAUAAUAGAAAUAUUUGAGAAAUAUUUAGAUAAGAAUAAUUAAAACCUUUCUACUGUGCACUUGGAGUAUUUUUUCUUUUUGCACGAUUAUGUGAAUAAUCCUACUAAAGCUAUUAUUCUUCUUCAUAAUACAGAAAAUCAAUAGUAAAAGGAAGCAACUAACUAAUAAUUAGCUCUUCUUUCUUAUAUUAAAUAAAUGCUUUAGAAAGACUAUUUGAUUAAUUAGUAGUAAUAUUAUAAAGAUAAACUGUAAAGCUUUGAUAUGUAAAAAGUAUUAGAUUAUGAUGACAAAUUAAAAGAUUUUUAAAAGAAGCUUUGCUCAGCUCUUGAAAAAAAGAGAGAUUUUUUAUCAGAAAUUUCUAAAGAUACAAUAAAUUUGUAAAAUGUCUACAUAGAUGGAUAGAAACUAAUUUCAGCUAGAAAAUAGUUGCAUAAAGAUUUGGUGUGGCUUUAUUAAGUUAAUUCAAUAAACAAGUUAUAAGAAAAAAUGCUUGAUAUAUACAUUAACAAUUUAUCUUUUGGAGAUUUUAAGGGUUCUUAUUACAGAAAAUAAAGAAAAUAUUAAUCUAAAACAGAUAUUGAUUUAUUCAAUGAGAAUCAGUGCGUUGUAUUUAUUUCUCUUCUCAAAGGUUCUCUAGGAGAAAUAAAAAGAGUUUCUGAUUCUUUUUAAAAUAUCUUUGAUGUCCCACCUAGUGAAGUUUUAAAUAAAAAUUGUAGCAUUUUGAUGUAGAAUUCUAUUGGGAAGUAUCAUAACGAUUUUCUUUAGCAAAUGAUCGACAGAGGAUAUAUAAGCUAAAAUAGGACUAAUUAUUUUAAAAUUUUAUUUGGAGUAACAAAAUAAGAUUUUGUAAUACCAUUAGAUUUAAAUAUAAAAUUGGAUUAUAUAAAUUAGCGAGAAUUUGGAGUUUCAGCAAUUGUAAAAAGUAGAAAUUCAAGUGAUUAGAAUUAUAUCAUUUUAGAAGGGACUGAUAAUUUUAAAAUAUAAAAUAUGACAGAAAAUCUGUUCAAUAAUUUAUUUAAAAGGUUUAUCAGCAAAGAAGAAAUAAAUAAAGUAUACCUAGAUUAAUUUGUUCCAAUAAUAUCUGGUUUCAUUAAGGCUAAAAUGAGAGAAGAAAAAUAUUCAGACAAUACAAGUGAGCAAGGAUAGCAUCUAAAAUUUCAUUUCUUAAAUAUCUUAAAGGAAGAAUAAUUUUUAGACACUAUUUGCUUUUUCCCUAUAUAAAAUAUAAAAUAUAGAUUAUUUAAUAAAUUAGAAGACAUAGAAAAAUAAAUUAAUGAUAGUUAAUUAUUCAGUAUCACUGAAAAUGAAAUUUAUUAAAUUAGGAUAGAGGUUUCCUUUUUGCAAAAUUAAAAUAUUAAUUAAUGCUAUGUUCAAAUUAAAAAUUUUAGAUAAGUAAAACGACUUUCAGAUAAAAAAGCUGAACUCCAUACUUGGUCAUAGUAAAUGAAAAAAUAUUGUGGAGUCAAGUACAAUUUUGAAAAUGUUGCUUGUUUUUUCAAAGCUUCUAAACUACUCUAAACAAAAAAUUAUUUUCAUCAUGAUAAAUAAAAUUCAGAAGUAUAAAAUCAAAAUUCUGUUAAGUUAUUAUAAGUUGAGAAGAGUGUUUUGUAUAAUGAAGAAAAUGUUUAAAACAUAGACAAUCAAUUGCAAGCAGAUUAAAAAGAUUUAAGCAAUCUGCUUUAAGAAGAGCAUUCUUCUUCAGAGUCAGUAUAAACUUAGUUGAACACUUAACAGAAAAUUGAUUAAGAAGAUUAAGAAGACAGCCAUUCAAAAUAGAGUUCAAGUAAUAGCCAUAGUCUUAGUGCAGGCAUCAUAGAGUCUAACAUUUAAAAUGAUAAAAAUAAGAAAUCUAUUUUUUCAUAAUAAGAAAUACAAAUGAGCACAUAAAUAAUCUAAUUAAUGAGUGAGUAAAACGAAAUAUUAUCCAACAGAAAUAUUAUUCUUCCUAACAACAAUUAGUCUUAAAUUAAACACUUGAGUAUAAAUUCCUAAAAAUUAUUGGAUAUCCCAGAGAAAAUCUAAUUGGUGGCUAAUGAAAACAAAGACUUAAAAUAUCAACAAAUUGAAUUAAUACCUCUUUCACCUAAAUCACCAUUUGCAAGCUAUAGAGUAGAUUAAAGUGCUUUAAGUCAUAGUAAUUUGAUAUCACCUACAAAUAAUCAUUCAUUGUUGAAGGAUAUAAAUGACGAUAAUUUUCAUAAAGUGAAGAAAAUUUCUGAUGUAUCAACUAGUCUAUUUGGUAGUUAAAUAAAUAAAGAACUAACUAAAGAGCUAAAACCAAAUUUAGCAUAAGAAUUACAUAUUCAUAAUUUGAUCCAACACCAAAAACAAUAAAGUACAAUUAAGUAGGAGAAUACUGAUGAAGAUUCAAAAAAUGAAAAAUAUUAAGCCAGCACUCAUUCUUUUAAUUCCAUUUAAAUGAAAUUAAUGAGAGUAAAAAAUUAAAUUAGAAGUAAAUUCUAGGCAAAAGAAAAAAGAAGAUCUACUAAAAUGACAAAAUUAAGUUAAAAAUUUGAAUCAGAGUCAGAAACUUCCAAAAAAAAUCAAUAAACAAAGAAAUUUGAGAAAGAUUAAUCAUCCAUAGCAUCUUUAUAGGACAAUCAAUUCUAUGCAAAAAAGCAAUUUUUGAUUGAAAAGAUAAAGUCACAAAAAUAUUCUAAAUAAUUAAAAUUGAUUAAUGCUUUCUCUCUUAUUUCAUUAAUUACAAUCAUACUUAUUUCAAUUUACUUCUUUUGGGAGAUCAUAUCUUCUUUUAAUGAGUAAAAUAAAAAUUUUUCUUAUAUCCCUUGGACUUUCAGAUUCCGUACAACCAUGAGCACAGCAAUUAAAGAUACAAAUUUGAGGGAACUCACUUAGAAUAAUGCUCUUAUGAAUGGAAUUCCAGAUGUUAAUGGAUACCAUGAAAUAAUUGUUUCAAGGCUUUCAAAAAAUUUAUAAGAUAUGAGAGGAUACAUUUAGUAAUAUAUGAAUGAUGAAAAAAUAAAUUUUUAGAGUAAAUAAUAUAUAAUUUCAACUCAAGCAACACUUUUAGCAUAUACAACACUUAAGUAGUAUCGCAAUAUUACUGAAUUCUUUGGUUAUUCGCUUUAAAUGUAUUAAUUGAUAAUGUUUUAAUUUAGUAAUUAAAUAUAUUAUAAUGGUGUUACUGAACUAAAUGUUUAUAACAAUUUUGUUAACAUAACUAAUUGGCUAUCAGGUCUUUAAAAUAUAACAGUUAACUCUAAUUAAAAUUAUUAUGAUACAAUCAAUCAUAUAAAUCUCACCUUGCUCAUAAUUAACUGCAGUCUUUGUUUUUUCAUUUCAAUCUCUAUUAUUUUCCUUUAUGGAUUUUUAUAAUAAGAAAAAGAAAAAAUUCUUUCUUUAAUUGCUACAGUAGAUUAUAAUUACAUAAGGGAUAUGUAUUUUAGCAUAACCUUCUCUUUAAAAGAAAUUAUGAAAAAAAAUUAUAGCACAAACUACAACUAGGAAAUACAAUUUUCUUAAAAAAAGAAAUAAAUUUCUCAAACUACAAGUCUACCAAAAUAUAAGUUCAAAAUCAUAUUAAUCAGUACCGUAUUUUUAAUUAUGGUCAGUAUAUACCCAUUCAUCCAAUAUAUAACGAGCAAAGGGUAUAUAGAUUAAAACAACGUCAAUGUCCAACUAAUAAACUAGCUGUAUAGUGUAUAGGCGCAAUAUUUAUCUAACAUGACUGCACAUAUAGCAUAUAUUUUAGAGAAAUUAUUACCAACAAUUCGUGUAGCUCCAAUUUCAUUGCAUUAUGCUAGAAUAUUACAACUUUAAAAAUAAAAUGGUCCAAUACUAUAAGGUCUAUCAAAUUCCAUAAAAAAUUUAUCUGGAAAUAUAUCCUAUAAAGAGUCUGAUUACAAUUCGUUUUUAUUUUAGAUUCUUAACUUAAAUGCUUGCUAACCUUUUUAAGAACAAUAGUACUAGUAGUAUAAAACCAGCUAAAUUGACUUUAAUUUAUGCAAUACUUUAUUUAAUGGUAUCCUUUAAUAAGGUCUUUAAAUAAGCUCAGUUAAACUGUUUUCUACAUUUGACAAUCUAAUAGAUAUAUAUAAUAUCAAGGAUGACACUAAAUGUAAGGAAGCUUUAACCAAUUUUAUGAUCUAAUUAGGUUCUCUAAAAGCAUUAGAUGAUAUGUAUUAAGUAAUGAACAAUAUAAUAUUAGCUUUAAAUAAUUUUGUCAAUGCCAUGAACGAUGAUUACUUUAACUUAAACUAUUUUGUUCAAGAAAUAUUGAUGAUUUAUUAGUUCGCUUUAUUCAUCAUUCUUUACAUUUUCAUUUGGAUACCAUUUUAAUAAUCAAUUUAAAAAGACUUAACUAAAUCAAAAAUCAUUUUGAGCAAUUUUGAAGUAUCUUACCUAAUAGAAAACCCUUACAUAAUGAAUUUCUUAAAAAAAUAUUGA